ACCCCGUUAGUUUGACGAUAAAAGUGAGUACAAAGUAUUUGAUUCGUUGCAUUAUUCGCAUUUUUAAAAACACUGAAAAAAUAAAUUUGAGCGCAUUGAUCUUAGAUGAUAAACGAACAAUAUCGUUAGCAGCUCCUAAUAAUAGUCCCUAUCAUAAAAAGCUUGCCAAAAAUCGAAAAUCUUGUGUUUUGUUUAGCAGGGUUGUACUUUAUUUCUAAAAAAGACAGAAGUUGCUGUCACAACACAAUACAUGUUUGGGAUGGUCUUAAAUUGGAUGUAGAUUAUAACACAAAAUAUGCCGGUCGGAAAUUCUGUGAGGAUAGUGUUUAUUUAAUGAAACGGACGCAUUUUAAACUUGGGCUAUAGGACCGACAGUAUGGUGGCCAUACGGACACUGGUGAAAACGGCAACGUACAUUGCCAUCGGUGGCAUAACUGCGGCUUUGAUAAUGAAAGGGAAGCUAGAAGAUCGGGUUCGAAGUCAGUCUUAUUAUCGAGAUUCUAUGAAAGUUCUCAGAUCACAUCCUGGAGCUAUAUCAUUGCUGGGGGAACCCAUCAAGGAUAUGGGAUUCGACUUUGGCGUAGAGAGUGAAAAGUACGGGGAUGGAAAAAUAGAUGGAUUUGCCGUACCCGUCAAAGGAUCCAACCAACGAGGGAAAUACUAUUUCUGGGCGGAUCAUCAAAAUGAUAAGUGGAUUAUAACGAGAGCUGAGCUGGAACUAGACAAGGAACCGGGUCGAAGGUUGGUAAUACGAAAGUUGGAAUAAAAACUGUUUGUUAAAGUAGUUUAGAUAUAUUUU